GAGUCCAGAGCCUCAGUUGCUUGGCGACUGGCGACUAGCGAACAGCUUGUACGUGUGCUCUUCGGUGUCGUUUCGAGUUUCCCUCCACUGCAGCCGUCAAAUCCAACAUUUUUGAGGAAAUGCCGCUUUCAAUGCAAAUGUGGCGCUCUCUGUGGCUGGCGGCCCUCUUCUGCGGAUUAGCCCAGGCCAAAGGAUCCCACAAGGUGCACUGUUCGGAGGAUCAAAUGCGAGUAGACAUCGGUCUGCCAGAUGCAGACUCGAAGGAUCAGAGUGCACCGCAGAUCUAUUUGGAGGGACUCAAGGGCUAUCCGGAUGAGCGAUGCCAGCCGCAGAUCGACGGAUCGCUGGCCGUUUUUCGGCUCUCCCUGAGUGACUUUUACGAGUGCGGAGUCACGAGGAUGGUCAACCAGCUAACGGGCAAGAAGGUGUAUUACCAUAAAAUCAUCAUCGAGUCGGCCAGCAGCAAGGAGAUCGUCAGCGUUAAAUGCAUCACCACCGCCAGUCCCGCCUAUAAUGUGAUGAUGAACGCCACCAGCGGGUCCAGUUCCACGUCCAGUGCCACCGCCCCAUCCAGUGGCACUCGCGGUCUGGUGAAGCGGGAUGUGCUGCCGGCGGGAUUCCAGGAACCCGAGGAUCUGGAGAUUACCACGUCGCUGACCAAGCGGGCCCCAGAGCCCAGGCUCUCAAUCGGCGUUAGCCAGGAUGGUCAGAAGUUCACCAGGGAUCUGACGGUCAAGUCGGGUACACCUUUGACCAUGGAAAUCAACCUGGACGAGGACUCAGCACCUGUAUAUGGCCUUGGGGUAAACUAUCUGGAUGUGACGGAUACGCAUACCUCAUCCGAAACACUCAUUUUCAAGGGCUGCACUGUGGAUCCCUAUCUGUUCGAGAACUUUAACACCAUCGACGGCGACAUUCUGAGUGCCAAGUUCAAGGCCUUCAAGUUCCCCGACUCGUCGUACGUCCAAUUCCGGGCCACGGUGAAUGUGUGUCUGGACAAGUGUCUGGGCACCCAGUGCUCCAACAACCAGGUGGGCUUCGGCCGACGCAAGCGGGAGAUCAGUGCGGCGAACAAAGUCUACGAGAUAUCGCUGGCCAUGUUCCUGCAGGUGCAGGACAUCGAAGGAGUCAACAAAAAUGAGGUCCUGCAACUGGAGGAGAAGCUGCGGGAACUGAAGCUGGCUAACCAGCGUCUGGCCAGGAAUAGCCGCGGCAACUUUGCCUUGGAGCAGACGCCUGCCAAUGCUAUGCCCGCCUUUGUGGUGGACGAGCGGGAGCUGGGACACCUUAGCGCCGGAUCGGGAUCGGGAUCGGCAUCGAACGGCCUGUCACUGGUUCUCUGGACGCUUCUUGGGUCCCUGAGUUGGCGGCUGAUCUAGAAGUUGUAAAUCUCUCAAGGCGUGAAUGCUAAUCAGGGCGGAAUUGCGUGCAGUGGCAAUGAACGAAGGAGGGAAUAUUAAUGUACUACCUAACUACUAAUAUAUACCUAUACUUGAUGUAACUGCCAUUUACAAAACGUAAUUAACUUUAAAUGUAUGCGUAGCUUAGGUUUUCUACGACUUAUGGCAGGCGACAUUGCGACAGAAACAUGAAACAUGAAACAAAAACAGACAGACAACAGUGAUUCUUAUUAAAAUACACAAAACACUUAUAUAUAAAUAUAUAAAUAUGCAUAUAUAUUGGAGAACUUGAAGAUAUCGGUCUAACUCAUAAGCACCUACUAGUCUCCUAAGUGUAACAGUUAAGCUAAUUUAAUUAACGACUAAACUAAACGAAUUAAUUGAUUAAACGAAACUCCGAUCGAAA